AUGGCAAUUUCUGUUGACCUGCACCUGCACACCACCGCGUCGGACGGGCGCUUGACGCCGACCGAGCUGGUGGAAUUGACCGCGUCCAAGGGGUUGCGGACGAUUUCGGUGAGCGACCACGACACCACGGCGGGGUUGGCAGAGGCGCAAAGGGCGGUGGACAAGGUCCCCGGCAUGCGGCUGAUCCCCGGCAUCGAACUGGGCUGCGACGUGCCCGGCGGCGAAGUGCACAUGCUGGGUUACUUCAUGGACGUGACGGACGCCGGAUUCCAGGAGACGCUGGCCGGAUUCCGCGAGGGGAGGCUGGCACGCGGCGAAGGGAUGGUGCAGAAGUUGGCGGAGUUCGGGAUGCACAUCGAGUGGGAGCGGGUGCGGGAGAUAGCCGGGGACGCCUCGGUGGGGCGACCGCAUGUGGCGCAGGCGCUGGUGGAAGCGGGUUAUUUCUCCGAGCCGUCGGACGCUUUCCGGGAAUACCUGGGGCGCAAUGGCAAGGCGUACGUGGAGCGGGCCAAGCUGACCCCGCCCGACGCGGUGAAACUGCUGAACGACGUGGGCGGCGUCGCGGUGUUCGCGCACCCGUGGUUCGAGCGGCGCGGCAACGAGCCGGAGCCGGAGCAAUCGCUGAUCGAGACGGUUGAGGAACUGAAGGCGGCCGGCCUGCACGGGAUGGAAGUGCAUUACGCGAUGUACGACGAGGCGACGGUGGACUGGCUGGCGGACGUGGCGCGGGCGUACGACCUGAUCCCCUGCGGCGGGAGCGACUAUCACCACAGCGGGAACUCGCGGGAGCCAUUCCCCGGCGUCAACGGGCCGCCCAUGGAGACGGUGGAACGGCUGGAAGAAGCCGCCCGCCAAUUGGUAUUCCGCCGGUAG